GUGGAGAUGACAUUUAGAUGAACAUGGAGUCUGUGACGGAAUUGCUACUUACUUUCCCUUUCUUCUCUCCAAUUGUGACUGAGGAAAAGAUAUGGCAAUGGCAAGUAAGACAUGGUCAUGGAUGGAGGACGUGCUGCCCUUUGUGGUUAUGAUGAUCAUGAUGUGCUUAGAUAUGAGUGUGAUGACAAUAGUCAAAGCAGCGAUGAACGAGGGUAUGGACAGUAUUGUCUAUAUCGUUUACCAUAAUGCCCUUGGAACAUUGGUUCUUCUUCCAUUUCUCCUCGUCCAUAUCUUCAGAAACGUUUCGCGUCCUUCGCUCAGUUUCCAUCUUCUUUUAAGGUUCUUCAUUCUUGGCCUUUUAUGGAUCUGUCUGUGUCAGGUAUUUUUAUAUGUAGGCAUCAACUACAGCUCUCCAACCAUGGCCAGUGCCAUCGGGAACUUGUCUCCUGCGAUCACAUUCUUGAUUGCGGUCAUUUUCAGGAUGGAGAAAGUAGACAUAAGAAGUUCAAGCAGUCAAGCAAAAUUAAUAGGUACCAUAAUAGCAAUCUCAGGAGCAAUGGUGUUCGCAUUGUAUCAGGGCCCAGAAAUCCUUAAGACGAUUCUUUCUCCUGAAACACCCAAUCAGCUUCUUUUAUCACAACCUUCGAAUUGGGUAUAUGGAGGUCUGAUUCUUGUUAUCUCUGGAAUCUGUGGUGCCUCAUGGAAUGUUUUACAGACAGCAACAGCCAGAGAGUACCCAGAUCGACUCACCAUCGUCUUUUUCUUUUGCCUCUUUGGGACGAUUUCAUGUAUACCUCUAUCUCUUUUCCUAGAACCAAAUCUGAGUGCUUGGGUGCUGCAGCCCGGAAUUAAGAUGAUUGCUGUUGUUUGGGGGGCGGUAUACUCCGUUGCUAUUCGUGGUGUUGCUGCGACUUGGUGCUUGGAGAAGAAAGGUCCAGUUUUUGUGGCCAUGUUCUCACCUCUCUCGAUAGUUAUUGCAGUCAUCAUGGGUGUCACAUUUCUUGGCGAUUCACUUUAUUUAGGAAGUGCCAUUGGAGCUGCCAUCGUUGCUGCCGGAUUUUAUACUGUGAUGUGGGGACACGCCAAAGAGAAUAACAAGUUACCGAUGGAGAUGGAGGAGGAUUUGAACGUUGCAGAUGGACCUGAAUCAUCGAACCAAAACACUCCUCUUCUUUCUUCCUGGAAUGAAUCAAAAUGUUGAUAUCUAUGAACUCGAGCAUCAAUUAAGGUGCAAAUGCAUCAAUGGCUUGCAUAGAAAUGGUAACCAUGUCGUUUUUAAA